AGUUGCACAAUGCUGAGAAAGGACAGGCGAAACCCAGGACCACCAACGGGAAAUUGGCAAUCCGGGGGACGCUGUCAAUGGGCCGCCAUGGUUCGACAAUACACAGACAGCGGGGGUCGUGGAUACAGGGGCUGCCAGGGUACAAAGCAAGGCUUCAAUGACCAGCCAUGGGAAAAAGCUGUCCCAAAGGUGGCUCCGCUGGCAGUGCCCAGGGCUCCAAUUCGGCAAAGAGUUGCCCGAAGUGGAGAGUUAAGGACACUGAAGGAUGACAAGGGACAGCUGGAGAAGUGGAGGACUCUUCACUUUGAGCAGACACGAUGGACCGAAGUCAACAAGAUGAAUAGUUGGCCCGGGAUCAAAGACAGACCCCAACCGGCCACUCUGGCCAACACAAAGGGGCGUUGGGCGCUGGCGUGGGGCCAGGUGCUGCACAUGGCCACAGAGAUGGGGACAAGCCAUGCAGAUGGGGCCUGCGGAGCCCUCAUCGCCUCCGCCCCCCACUCCUGUAUACAAGAGAGUGCAGAUCUAAGACAGACCAGACCAGCAGCCUGUGCAGCGGGAUCAGAACCAGCUGAGUUUCAGUAUGAAGCCAUCCUCAAAUAUGGACCUGUGACCAGACUAUUGGAGCUAAGAGAUCAUUCUGCAUCCUGA